AAGCUUCGGCAUUCUAUAUAAAACAAGCGACACCCCUCCCCUCCGAUUGCGCGUUUGUUUUCUUUAACUUUUUCCUCAUUUAUCAGAACCAUCAUGACUGUCCAAGACCUCACAUCUGUCGAAGCUUUCCGAGAACUCAUCAAGAGUGACAAGCUUGUCAUUGUCUACGCGUGGACCCCACAGACCGAGGACCAAGGGAUGUUUGAAAUUGUCGAGGGGAUGUCCCAAGAUUACACUGAUGCCAUUUUUGCCAAGGUUAACGCUGAUGCGGUUCACGAUAUCUUUUACGAAGUUUCUGAUCAGAUUCUGCCUACCUUCUUGUUCUACAAGAACGGCCAAAAGGUUGAUGAAGUCCGUGAUGACAAGGACUCCAGCCAAGUCGAUGGCAAGAUCAAGGAACACCUUGCUCAAUAAAUUGUUACGUUUUUUUGUUAUCGCAACAUAUCCCACCUAAUCGCAUAUUUAUAUAUGCUCAUCUCGAAAUAAAAACAACGCUGCAUACGUAUAUAUAUCUUAUACCACAUUUGCCGUCAUUUAACUGUCCAUCGUCGUCACUCGUCAUCCAAUGUUAUCGGCCGCUUCCAAGCAUGCCACAGC